GGCCGCGGCCCGGGUGAUGGAAGGAGGCGGCCCGGGCUGCUCCUCGGCUGUCACCGCCGCUGUGGCUCCGAGGCGUGGGGCGGCAGAGGAGGCGCCACCUGAGUCCGCCGCAGGGAGCCGGGUGCCGAGGGGCCGGGGAAGGGUCCGCCGGGCCGCCCCUCCCGGGUCAGGAGCCGAGGCCAGGCCUACCCGCUGGGCGCCCCCUUAGGGCCUCCUCCCGAGGCCGCAGCUGAGGCUCCACCCGACAGGGCCGCCCCACAGCAAGCCGCACCCCGACUUUCUGCGGAGGACCGAGCCAUCCGGGAGUCGCCGCCACGACCCGUUGGAGCCCCCGAAAUUGCCGUCGCCCUGAUCAGCCCCAGCCGUGCAGAAUGCCCCACAAGAUUGGAUUUGUAGUCGUCAGCUCGUCUGGACAUGAAGACGGCUUCAGUGCCAGAGAACUAAUGAUCCACGCGCCGACUGUUAGUGGAUGGAGGUCUCCCAGAUUUUGCCAGUUCCCGCAAGAAAUUGUUCUUCAAAUGGUAGAGAGAUGUCGAAUAAGAAAACUGCAGUUACUUGCUCACCAGUUUAUGAUUUCAAGUAAAAUUGAGUUCUACAUUAGUGAAAGCUUGCCUGAAUAUUUCGUACCAUAUCAAGCAGAGCGCUUUCGGAGACUCGGUUAUGUCUCUCUGUGUGACAACGCAAAGACUGGCUGCAAAGCCCGGGAGCUCAAAUCAGUGUAUGUGGACGCCGUUGGGCAGUUUCUGAAGCUGAUAUUUCACCAAAACCAUGUCAAUAAAUACAAUAUAUAUAAUCAGGUCGCUCUGGUUGCAAUAAAUAUCAUUGGAGACCCUGCAGAUUUCAAUGAUGAAAGCAAUGUUACUCCUAGAGAGAAGCUGAUUGACCACUAUCUGGGGCACAAUGCUGAGGAUCCUGCUCUGGAUGGCACAUAUACCGGGAAACCUGACUACAUUUCUCCACUAGACGACCUAGCUUUUGAUAUGUACCAAGAUCCCGAAGUCGCACAGAUCAUACGCAAGUUAGACGAAAGAAAACGUGACGCAGUCCAAAAGGAACGUUAUGAUUAUGCCAAGAAACUAAAACAAGCUAUUGCCGAUUUACAAAAGGUUGGCGAGCGUCUCGGGAGGUACGAGGUGGAGAAGCGUUGUGCUGUGGAGAAGGAAGACUACGACCUCGCCAAGGAGAAGAAGCAGCAGAUGGAGCAGUAUAGGGCCAAGGUCUACCAGCAGCUGGAGCUUCACAACCUGAUGGACACAGAGCUGAUGCGAAGACCCUUCGAUUUCCCCCUGCAGCCCCUUGUUCACCCUGGCAGUCCUCGCCGUCAGAACCCAGAGCCUUCGCUGCCACAGCAGGAGGAGAGGCUGACAGAGAAGCAGGCCUCAGAGCCUCUCCUACAGGAGCAGCCCUCCUCGCAGUCUCUCAGUGUUCCUCCUCAGCACACCACCGUGGGCCAGGGGCUGUCGGCCCCAGACCGUCAUCCAAAUAUCAACGUGGAGACGUUGCCCUAUGAUGAGCGACCCCUCCCAGCAAUUCGCAGACAGCAGGGGGAAGCACACAUGGAGUAUGAAAUGAGCGACACAGACGUCAGUGAGGCUCAGAAAGGAGGUAUUUCAGGAGAACCGGAGCCUUUAACAGAGAAAGCCCUGAGAGAAGCCAGCUCCGCCAUCGAUGUGCUUGGGGAGACUUUGGUCGCUGGGGCCUAUUCCAAGACAUGGUCAUACCGGGAAGAUGCAUUGCUUGCUUUACAUAAAAAGCUGAUGGAGAUGCCGGUUGGAACUCCAAAGGAAGACUUAAAGAACAUGCUGAGGGCGUCCGUCUUUCUCAUCAGAAGAGCCAUGAAAGACAUAGUGACCUCAGUCUUUCAGGCCUCUUUGAAACUGUUGAAGAUGGUAAUCACGCAGUACAUCCCCAAGCAUAAACUGAGUAAACUGGAGACAUCCCACUGUGUGGAGAGGAUCGUCCCCCCGCUGCUCGCCAGGACCGGGGACUCCUCCACUCGCCUGCGCAUCAUUGCCUCCAACUUUAUCCAGGAAAUGGCCUUGUUUAAGGAAGUUAAGUCUCUCCAAAUUAUCCCAACUUACUUGGUCCAGCCAUUAAAAGCAAACUCUUCAACUCACCUGGCUAUGAGUCAGAUGGACCUCCUGGCACGGCUGCUGAAAGACCUGGGCACCGAGGGCUCGGGCUUCACCACUGACAACGUCAUGAGGUUUUCAGUGAGUGCCCUGGAGCAUAGAGUAUAUGAGGUACGAGAAACAGCGGUUAGAAUUAUUUUGGACAUGUAUAAACAGCACCGGGCUUUUAUUCUAGAGUACCUUCCUCCAGACGACAACAACACGCGCAAGAACAUUCUCUAUAAAACAAUUUUUGAGGGAUUUGCUAAAAUAGAUGGCAAACCUACAGAAGCUGAAAUUAGGGCACAGAAAAAGGCAGCGACAGAAGAAGCGGAAAGGCAAAAGAAAGAAGAAAUUAAAGUUUUACAAGGCCAGUUGGCAGCACUCAAAGAAAUCCAGGCCGAAGCCCAGGUUGGCGAGGAAAAAGAAAGUGACACCGUGAAGCCCAAGAAUCAGGACACCCAAGGAAGGAAAGCCGUCCCGCCUAACGCUCCGAAAAUUCCAGAUAAUUACUGUUUGGAUCAUCUAUGUAUUUUUUGUGGGGAAAGGAAUGAAUCCUUCACCGAGGAAGGCCUGGACCUGCAUUACUGGAAGCACUGUCUCAUGCUGACACGAUGUGACUACUGCAAGCAGGUGGUAGAGAUCGCCAGCCUGACGGAGCACCUGCUGACAGAGUGUGACAGGAAGGACGGGUUUGGGAAGUGCUACCGCUGCAGCGAGGCGGUGUUGAAGGAGGAGCUGCCCAGACACAUCAAAACCAAAGACUGCAAUCCUGCCAAGUCAGAGAAGCUGGCAAACAGGUGUCCUUUGUGCCACGAAAACUUUUCGCCUGGAGAAGAGGCAUGGAAGGCUCAUCUGAUGGGUCCCGCUGGCUGCACCAUGAACCUGCGCAAGACACAUGUCCUGCACAAGGUGCAGGCGCUGCCACCCGGGAAAGGCUCAACAAUGACGAGAGCAGGCAUCUCGGGAUUAAAGGCUGGAAGCAAGAUCCCCACCCCAAAGGGGGGCCUGAGUAAAAGCUCCAGCAGGACAUACACAAAGCGAUGAUGCAACAUGUCCUGAUGCCCUUGUUGUCAUACCUGACUGGGCAAGCACUCUGAUUCGAAACCAUUUCUCCUCAUGUCAGCCUUUUGGAUUGGCACCCGGGCCCACUCCUGCCACCACACAGCUCUUGGCUGAGCACAUCCUCUGCUUACUGGCACUGUCAGCUCCCAUUAAAUGAUGGCUGUGGGACCGACCAAAGAGUCUGGACCCUCAAGCACCGAACUUCACUUAUUUGUCAGCUUUCAGGUUUCUGGCUUCUCAAGCCUUUGUGACACAGCAGAGCACUGGUCUGUUGGCACAGGAAGCACAUGCAUGGCAGCUGACAGGCAGGAACAGCAUGUCGGAAAACUGCACAGGCACAGCAGCCGCUCUUCUCAGCUCCUGGGAGUGACCGUCGUAAGACGUUCUCUGACCAUGUGCAUCGUAGCCUCUCCACGUGGGGCAGGGUGUUCUCCAGGGCUGUGGCCCCACCGGGCAGUGGUGACAGAUGCAGACAGAGGACAGCCAGGGCUUCAGGAACACUAACUGUCCCCUAGGUCUUCUGCCCAAGGCACUUAGCCACGGGGUAGAAGAGGGUUCCGUAUCUGCAGAGCAUGUGUUUGCCACUCUCACAGAAAUAAAGGUGAAAAGGAAGUAUAAAAAGGACAGAAGUUACUGAGGGCCGGUCCCCCUGGGCACUCCCCUUGCUGGCUGGCUGUUGAGUCAUGCCAUCUGCGCAGCCUUCACUUCCCUGCAGAGCCCCGGCCUGUCCCAGCCGAGCGCCCCCUAGAUGGAGUAAGGCCAGCACUAAUGUAGAUGUGCCUGUGCCGAGUCUACUGGGGACAGAAAAUUAGUUGUCCUUUCAGCACCAAAAUAUUCCUCGCCCGCCCCAUCCAACCAUAAGGAUUAUGCUUUCUUCCUGAAUGUCCUAUGGGCAGGCUUUCAGAAUGACAGUGAGAAAUGCUCGGGAUUGAUGAAAUUUGUUUUACACAAUGAGUGUAUAAAUAUUGUUUAAUUCCCAACCCUGUGAAACAACAAAAUACCAAAACUCAUGGCUCGUUGAGCAAUGUGCUCCGUGGAUAAUCUCUGUUUUUGGCUAACUAAAAUGUGGUUGACUCAAAAUACUGAGCAAGAAUAAGACCUACCAAAAUAGUGACCUUUAAAAAAUACUGCAUUACAAAUUAAAAUGAGGGAGGGAGAAAUAACUGAAAAUUUUACAAAGCUUAAAACUUUACCACGGUAUUUCUAAAAUGAUCUUUUCUGGCUUCAAGGAGAUAUUAGUCGUUAGUUUCAAACCCAUUUUUAAAGUAUAAAUGAAAUGCUUCUUUAAACAGACCAACAUGAGAAAAAUUAACCAAGGAAUUACUCUUUCCUCCCCAAUCAAAACUUUUAAGAGAUAUACAAUGUUUUCCAUAUAUUGUAACUUUAGAAAGAUAUUUGUAAAGGUAUUUGAUUUUUAAUGACUAAAAAGCAAAAUUAGGUGCACUUAAAACAGGUCAGUCUUUUGGUGGUUAUAGAAGAAUCAAUUGUGCUGAGCUGAUUACUGGCAGUGAUUAGCGGCUAUUAAAAGCCUUACAGAGUUACUCACUAUUAAGGGACCAAGAAUAAAGAGUAAAAAAAUUAAAAGACAACUUGUAAGAUCCCUUGGCCAUUCAUAAAUAAAUAUCUACAUUCAGAACAUUAAUUAAGAACUGAGUUUUCAUUCAUUCAUAGGUUGUGGAUAUUUAAUAAUAUUUAUUUCAAUUAUUUUCAUAUUUCAAAAUAAUAAUUUAAAAGAACUGUAUCUGUAAAUUUGGCAUUAAAAGACAAAUGUAAAUAAUUUUAAUGAAAAUUUUCAACUUUUUAAUGUUUUAACAUAGUUUUCUAUUUGUCUUUAUUUCAGGUACCAGAAUGAUAAAUAUCUGAGUAAUUUAUUUUUGUUGUUGUUUUAGGGUUUCGGGGUUCAUUCACACUGAAUAUAUUAAUGUAAUAAAGCAAUCACUAAAUGUUUUGUCAUUUUUAUUUCAAAAUUGUAAUUACAUUUCCUUUAGUAAACAGGCAACUGUAGGUCAGCCCUGAAACCUUAGAAAGUAAACUGAAAAUGACUGAAAAAAGAGGCAGUCAAUAAGUAAGUUGGCAUGAGAGAGUUUGUUUCCUAAAAUAGGUUAUUCGUCAAAAUGGGCUUCCUGUUAAAAAAGCUAAAAGGUUUUCUUUUUUUGUAAUGUUAAAAGCAGUUUCAUUUCAUGGUUACCAGUUAUGGUUAUAUGUCUCUGAAUAUACUGUGGUGUACAUUGAAAGAAGAAAAGAAUUGUCUCUGCAUUCCUUUUCUUGGGACAUAUUACUGAUUCUGUCAGCGGCAGUGCCUGCCUAGAUAACAUCCAUUUACAAUGCAAUGACUUCUGACAAUUUUGUUACUUUUUAUAGGUAUCAUUUCCUCUCUUUUUUAUAAUUUAUUUUUGUUGUGGGAAUACACACAGCAGAACAUAACACCAAUUCAACAAUUUCUACAGGUACAAUUCGGUGACAUUACCCUACAACUAUUCUCAGCCUGGUUUUCUGAGUUGUUCCUCCCCCAUUACCGUAAACUCACUACCCCUAAGGUUCCUGUCUAAUCUUUUGAAUUGCUGUUGUCAGUGUGAUCCCAUAUAGAUAGAUCUUAAAAGAGCACAAUGCUCCAGGCAGACGUUCUUUGCUAGUUAAGCCAAACUGUUGCUUGUUUUUAAGAAGACUUCAGGGAAUAAUAUUGGUUUACAUUUUAAAGAUCAUCUCAGGGCAAUAGUUUCAGGGGUUCACCCAGCCUCCGUGGCUCUGGAAAAUCUGAAUUUCAUGAGAAUUCAGAAGCUAAAAGAUUUUAAGCUAAGUAUGAAUUAGGGAAAAUUACUGACCAAUUUUAUCCUCUGGAAUAAAUUCAAAAUGGUCUAUAAAU